GCAAGCCCCUCCUCCUCCAGCCUAAGCUCCACCCACUCUGCUCCCUCUCAGAUGAUAAACUCCGCCCCCUCCACCAUCAGAGUGGGCUCUCCUUCUCUUCCGGACAAAUAUCGACACAACCGAGAGAUGUUGAUGCUGCUGCCGCCUCACAGAGACCGGCCGAGCAGCGCCAUGUACUCAAACAUCGAGAACGGACAGCCUACGAACCUCCAGAGGGCUUUGUUCCACCAGGUGAUGAUCGGACCGUGCAAACCCUGCAGCGACCCAAACCUCUCUGUGGCCGAGAAAGUCCUCACCACCCCCAGUAGCUGGAGUUUGGACAGCGGCACGAGAGACGUCCUCCCUUUCCUCUCGGCUCACGUUGGCGUCAUGGCGCCUCCCGUUCCCCCCCGCAAUCUGCCACAUGGGCAACACCUGUCGAUGCACUUUGACGCUUUCCACCACCAGGUCAGCGACCUUCCUCCAGCUCUCCCUGCGCGAUCCUUAAGAAAGUCUCCCCUUCACCCUAUACCUGCCUCGCCCACCAGUCCUCAGUCCGUCCUGGAUGGCAGUAGCUCCACUCUGUCGGGCAGCGCCAGCUCUGGGGUCUCCUCCCUCAGCGAGAGUAACUUCGGCCCCCCGCCCUCCUCCUCCUGCGACCCCCCUAUCGGCCCCCUAGAUUCAGCCCCCAUUAGCGCCGUGGACCCCGAGGACCUGGACUACCAACCCAUCCGAUUCAGUGGCUCCGAAUCCGAAGUUGUGGGAGGAAACAUCCAACAAGACCUCCAGAAUAUUCACUAUUAUCAUCACUACAUCCCCCAUCUUCCGCCGCUUUACCACCUCCAUCACGAGCCCCCCGCCCUGCCCCCUAAACCCUACCUCAGAGAGGGGUGCAUCCCUGAAGAAGACACCCAAACACCGAUGCCUCGCCCCAUGCCGAGAAAAAUCUCCCAGCCGAUCAUCGCUGCGACGAAAGAGGAGCAGGCGAAGGUGGCGUGGGAAACUGGGGUCAGCGAGGAGUAACGGGUGGGAUCUAAAUGUAUAAACUUUUAAUUCCAGAAGAAAGAAUAAACUCAGAGUCGCUCUGAUAACCAAACUAAUGGAACAUUUAUAUACUCGACUUUAUCAGCUGAAUCACUUUCACCAGACCCUCAUGUUUCUUCCUGUCUGAGCACAAUCAAUGAAUUCAUCAUCGUAAUGUUGCACCUGUACCGGAAAGGCCACCAUGGAGGGUUUGGAAAUACCUUUUUUCGCCAUAGAAUCCCCCCUCGACGAAUGAUGUUGGUGUCAAAUCAUACAUUUCUGAUCACGUAGAAACCAAAUUCAGACGUCAGGAAUUACUCAGAAGCUUCUUCAUACGACCUCUGAGACCAUACCAUCGAAACCAUCUGCCAAUGGAAAACUGGACCGCUAAUAACGUUGCAUCCUUACUGAAAUUGCACAGACUCAUGGGAUUUCACUUUGACUCAUAGGAUUUUAAUGUACAUACUUUUUCCAGAAGCGGGAAUAAACCAGGACUAACUCUCUCCGUAUUUGAAUACUCAACAUCAUCAGCAGAAACAACGUUUAACAAUUCCUCAUUAACUUUAAGAUCCCCAUUUAUUUAUCCCUGAGGGGAAAUUAAAUGUUUUUACAUAUUGCAUCCUGUCUGAGCACAGUUAGCUUGAUUUAUUUUGUACUAUUUAAUCACUAAAUCCAUCGUAAUAACGUUGCACCUGUACUGUAAUUGCACAGACUGAUGAGAUUUCAUUUUGACUCAUAACAUUAUCAUGGGGGGUCAAACACGCGUGAUUUAAAUUGACAAAACCUUUCCCAGAAGAUAGAUUACGUUAAGAUACGUUAAGAUACGACACGUUACUAUUCAAUACGUUACUAUUCCAUACGUUACAAUUCCAUACAAUCCGUUACUAAUCGAUACGAUACUUUUCGAUACGAUUCGAUACAAUUCGAUACGUUACUAUUCGAUACGUUACUAUUCGAUACGUUACUAUUCGAUACGUUACUAUUCGAUACGUUAAUAUUCAAUACGUUAAUAUUCGAUACGUUACUAUUCGAUACGUUACUAUUCGAUACGUUAAUAUUCGAUACGUUACUAUUCGAUACGUUACUAUUCGAUACGUUACUAUUCGAUACAAUCCGUUACUAAUCGAUACGAUACUUUUCGAUACGAUUCGAGACGUUACUAUUCGAUACGUUACUAUUCGAUACGUUACUAUUCGAUACGUUAAUAUUCGAUACGUUACUAUUCGAUACGUUACCAUUCGAUACGUUAAUAUUUGAUACGUUAGUAUUCGAUAAGUUACUAUUCGAUACGCUACUAUUCGAUACGUUACUAUUCGAUACGUUACUAUUCGAUACUUUACUAUUCGAUAUGUUACUAUUCAAUACGGUAAUAUUCGAUACGUUACUAUUCGAUACGUUACUAUUUGAUACGUUACUAUUCGAUAUGUUACUAUUCGAACGUUACUAUUCGAUACGUUAAUAUUCGAUACGUUAAUAUUCGAUACGUUACUAUUCAAUACGUUACUAUUCGAACGUUACUAUUCGAUACGUUACUAUUCGAUAUGUUACUAUUCAAUACUUUACGAUUCCAUACAUUACUAUCAGAUUCGAUUUGUUACUAUUCGCUACGUUACUAUUCGAUACGUUACUAUUCGAACGUUACUAUUCGAUACGUUACUAUUCGAUAUGUUACUAUUCGAUAUGUUACUAUUCAAUACUUUACGAUUCCAUAAGUUACUAUCAGAUUCGAUUUGUUACUAUUCGAUACGUUACUAUUCGAUACGUUACUAUUCGAACGUUACUAUUCGAUACGUUACUAUUCGAUAUGUUACUAUUCAAUACUUUACGAUUCCAUAAGUUACUAUCAGAUUCGAUUUGUUACUAUUCGAUAAGUUAUUAUUCGAUAUAUUACUAUUUGAUACAAUACGUAACAAUACGAUUCGAAACACUUAAUUUUCCUCGUAAGGAAAUAUGUUUUGGACCCAAAUCAUAAACACUACACGGUACACGACAGAAGACAUAUUCACACAUGACUACAUGAACACAAAUACACAGAAUAACCCGGGAGAUGCUCCGAUAAACAAACUCAGCGGACAUUUGAAUAACUUUAUCAGCAGAAACACCAUUCACCAAACCGUCGUUGCAUCCUGUCUGAGCAGUCUGCUUUAUUUACUAUUUAAUCACUAAAUCCAUCAUAAUAAUGUUCCACCUGUCCAUCUCUUGUGAUUUAAUUUGAAUUCAUAACAUUAUCACGCAGAAGGUUAAAGAUUUCAUAUAAAAAUGAAGAAUCAUCCCGUGCUGUGACCUCGCUCUGAAGACAAGCAGGACUUUAACAAAGCAACAGAGCACCAAAACAAAAAGCAAUUACAAUUUAAACUUAUUUUUACGUGUGCAUUUUAGAUUCUACACAAGCAGAGUGACGACCUCCCUGUAAACAAAUAAUUAAUAAUAAUAAACACAAACAAACGACGGAUUCUCCAACAAACGACCGGCGAAAAAGUAUAUAUAUUUUCCCAGAGGAACAUCAAAGUAUGUAGAUAAAUGUAACACAGUAUAUAUAAGUAUAUAAAUCUAAUUUAUAUUUAAUCGUAACACUUUUGACUGAAGGUGAAGUGUAGAAAUAUGCAAGAUGAACGCCGUCCCGAGCCGAGGACGUGCACAAACACGCAGAAAUAAUUUAAUUUAAACUUGAGGGUUUUAUUUUUGACGAGGCGACGAAGGGAAGAGGAUCAACAACGUUUUUAGAGAAUAAUAACUAUAAUAAAUAUACACUUUUUGCCAUUUUUUAAAAUAAUGACUGUACAUUUUUAAAGUGUUUUGUAUGCAUGUUCAUUUAUUAAGACUUUGAGCACUGGAUGUCUUGAUAGACGUGGAGUAAAACUACUGUGAACGAA